AAAGCAACUGAACUGCAAACCGAUACAGUCAAUUAACCUCAACACUAUCUGCAAAAUGCGUGCAUUUUUGAUCCUGUGCUCCGUCGUCUCUGCUGCAUACGCCGCAAGCCUUGGCUACAACUAUGGCAGUCCCGUGCUUGGUGGACAAGCUCUUGCUGGACCCAGUUAUGGCGGACAAGCUCUUGCCGGACCCAGUUAUGGCGGACAAGCUCUUGCUGGACCCAGUUAUGGCGGACAAGCUCUUGCUGGACCCAGUUAUGGCGGACAGGCUCUUGCUGGACCCAGUUAUGGCGGACAAGCUCUUGCUGGACCCAGUUAUGGCGGACAGGCACUUGCUGGACCCAGUUAUGGCGGACAAGCUCUUGCUGGUCCCAGUUACAGCGCUCCAGCUCCAGUUCCCGAGCUUAACAAGGAAUUCUUCAGCUACACUGCACCCGAGCAUGAGUUCAAUGAUGCUGGUGAUGCCGGUGACAUCGCUAAUGCGCUGAAGAAAAACGUGCGUGUUAUCUUCGUUAAGGGACCACAGAACUCUGCACUCGAGAAUGCCGCUGUGCAAUUAUUGGCUAAGAACGCUGUUGAGGAACGCACUGCCAUCUAUGUGCUGAACAAACAAGCUGACAUCGGUGAUUUGGCCAACAAACUGAACUCAGUCGAUCAUCGUAAUGCUUACAAACCAGAAGUACACUUCGUCAAGUACCGUACUCCAGCCGAUGCUGAGAAUGCCAAGCAAGCAAUUCAAUCGCAAUACGACGAUUUGGGUGGUAAUACUAGCAGCUUCAGUGGUGGUGUUGCUCCAGUUUUGGAUUUCGCUUCAAAGCCAGCCGCUCCUGUAGCUCAGCAGCCAAUCGGUAGCGUGGAUGGUGCUUAUCUGCCACCAAACAAGGUUUAAUAAAUUCACUGAUAUGUCCUAGCGUCUAAUGGUAGGAUUUAUCAAACAAGUCGUUAAAUAUUAAUUAAGUCCUGAUGUUCCUUGUUAACUAAAUGUAUAAGUUGCUUCAUAAAUAAAAAAUUAUAUCUUUAAGA